AGGACGAGGACGAGGACAGACGUGAUCCGCGCGCGCGAGCUGCAGCUUCUGUCCCCACGAAAACGGAUCAACGAGACGCAUUUCGAGCCCCACGGAAGAAAAAAAAGGCCUCCGGAGUCGCCCGAUCGCCGCCAAAACUUCGUCAAUCUCCGGAGACUGUCGUGCGUCGUCGGGGGGUCUCGUCGGCGGAUCUGCGACGCGUGAAAAACUCCGUACUAACUCUGGAAAUGCGUCGAUUCGCGGGGGUUUGAAGCGAGGAGGAGGAGGAGAAAAAAAAAACAACUCGAGAGCUUUUUUUGUUUUGUUUUUUCUUUUGUUUUUUUUUAAGAAAACAGCGAGGGGACGUAAAGGAGAGGACGUACGCCGUGGCUGUGGGACUCCUCGCGCUCGUGGGAGGAAACCAGAGUCUGGCUUCAGGAUUUGGUCUCAGGACUUGGACUCCCUGGACUCGUCUGGUCCCUUUUUUUUUCUCUGCUGAACGUGAGAGUUGAGCCGCCAUCAUUCGGUGCUGCGCUGGAGACAUGUCCUCCACCGGAGACCUCAGCCCGGGAUCCGACAGCUUCUGGGAGCCGGGGAAUUACAAACGCACAGUGAAGCGGAUCGACGAUGGACACAGAUUGUGUAAUGAGCUGAUGAGCUGCUUCCAGGAAAGAGCCAAGAUCGAGAAGAACUACGCUGUCCAGCUCAGCGACUGGGCCAAACGCUGGAGGAGCACAGUCGAGAAAGGUUCUCAAAACAGCUCCAACUUUCUGUCUCUCCCCGUUCUUUCAGGUCCUCAUUUCUGCUCUAACCUUCUUACAUUCCCUGUUCUCUCUCAGGCGAAGGAGCGCUACACCAAAGCCCUGGAGGAGUUAAACCGCUGUAACCCGAGGUACAUGGAGGACAUGGAGACCGUGUUCGAGCAGACGCAGGAGAACGAGAGGACCAGGCUCAGGUUCUUCAAAGAGGUCCUGCUGGAGAUCCACGAACAUCUGGACCUCAGCACCAAGGACGGGUUCUCGGCUCUGUACAGGGACCUGGGUCAGACCAUCCGAGCCGUGAGUGACUGUGAGGACCUGCGCUGGUGGAGGAACACGCACGGACCAGGAACCUCCAUGAACUGGCCCCAGUUUGAGGAGUGGAGUCCAGACCUGAGUCGGUCCAUCAGCCGAAAGGAGCGAGUAGGAGGAGGCUCUGAGGACAACGUGGUCACACUGACCAACAUCGUGUCGUCUGGAGACGCCCCGCCGAGCCCCACCCCCGACACGCCCCCCAGGGUCAGAGAGGACUCGUCUGAUUGGUCGGAUGACGAGAGCCCGAAGAAGGCGCUGGCGGUGAACGGCGUGCACGAGCAGGUAGCGGGCGUGCACGUGAAGGCGCUGUAUGAUUACACAGGGCAGGAGGCAGACGAGCUCAGCUUUAAAGCAGGAGAGCAGCUACUGAAGCUGAGCGAGGAAGACGAGCAGGGCUGGUGCAAGGGUCAACUGAGCGACGGACAAAUCGGCCUGUACCCCGCCAACUACGUCCAGGCGCUCGGCUCCUGAGGCCACGCCCACCCAGCUCCUGAGGCCACGCCCAUUUCAACUGAAGCCGCGCCCAACCAGCUCCUGAGGCCACACUCAUGUGAACAGAAGCCACGCCCAUCCAGCUCCCGAGGCCACGCCCAUCCAGGUCCCGAGGCCACGCCCAUCCAGCUCCCGAGGCCACGCCCAUCCAGCUCCCGAGGCCACGCCCAUUUCAACCAAAGCCAUGCCUAUCUAGAUCCUGACGCCCAGAAGCCACACCCAUCCCUCUUCAGAGGCCACGCCCACUUCCCGCCAUUACGUCACAGCCAUGUGAACAGAAGCCACGCCCACCCCGCUCCUGAGGCCACGCCCCCUUCCCUUUAGGCCACACCCACACACCCAUAAACCUCUUAUCAACGGAAAUGAUCGCGCACUUUGACCACACCCCCAGUGUUUUGAAUGUUAAAGACGCACUGUGUAACUUUUCUGCUGCACCCGCUCGUCUCCGUGGAGAACGCUGGAAUGUUCCGCAGUAUGGCUUUAAGUGCUGAUAAUGCUGAUACCCCCGAGGCCUUUUUACGUGCCGUCAGUGAAACGCGUGAAAUGUAAAUAAAGUAAAAAAGAUACACAAGUCGAGCAGCAACAUCGCCAUGGAGACGAGCAGAUAGCGGACCACCUGCCAGAAAGUGACACAGUGCAGCUUUAACGCCACGACAGAGGCCCCCAAACUGUCCUCAGCCAAUGGGACGGUGCCAAUGGAACGCUGCCAGGACCAAUCAGAAGCUGCUGUUUGAUCAUGUGACCCAGACGCCACAGUUUUCAGUUUUUCUUUUUUUUUUUAUUCUUUCAAAAUAUUGACUUUUUGCUGUUUUAAAUUUUUAGUUUUGUUUUACUAUGAUUUUAUGGUUUGAAAUCAAAGGAACAAUAUAACUUUCAGACUUCAGAGAGGCCAUAGCUGUAGCGACGAGUGGUGUCACGACGCUCAAAUUUAAUACUGGAUUUCGAUACUAAGAAAUUCACUUGAUACCGAUUACGAUACCGUGAUUUUUACUAAUACAAUUUCAUUUUCAUAUACAAAUUAAGAGUACUGUAUUUUUCGGACUAUAAGUAAAAACAUCUGCAAUGAAAACAUGACUUUAUUUUAGUCUGUUUUUACGAAAAAGUGGCUUUAGGAAAGACUGAUUCUGCAGUGGCUCAUAAUUUCACCUGAAGUGGGCGAUUCAGAUCAUUAAAUAAAUUAUAAAUCAGCGUUUUAAAUCUUCGUUAAAGUCAUUUCGUUUUUGCAGUGCAGUAGUGUGUGUAGGCUUCAUAGCGACCAGUGCCUUAGAGAAGAGCGCCCUCUCCUGUCUGAACCUCACAUCGCAUCUUAACCCAAAUCAAUCAAUCACAAUCCUCUGUUCUUUUUAAUAAUUUUAUACAAAUCAGACCAUUGAUUUCAGUGUUUUCAAUUAAUUAUUUUUAAGUGUGGUAUUUUUGCUUUUAUUUGUAAUUUAUUUGCGUUUUUGUCUAAGGAUCAAAAAUGGGAAAUGCGUUUGUCUUUUUGGUUUUAUUUAAAGAGGAGGUAUGAUGCGAGAUGGACUUUUUGUCUUUUCAUCAAAAACACGCCUGAGGAGGUCUGUGCAUGUUUGAGUAAUUUAGCGAUCUCUCCCGGGCCGUAUUUAAACCCUCCUUGCGGUCAGCUGUUCGAGGCUCCGCCCACAAGCCUUCGCCCCCUUUAUGCUCCCACGCGAUAAUUCUCCAUAAAUAUUCAAAAACAUGACACAAAACUGUUGGCGCUGAUUGUGUUGUGAUGGAGCUCUGAAGGGGGAGUGACUCAGCGCAGAGAGCAAAGCGCAGUGGACCCUCAAAGUGCAGCAUUUUCAAAACAAUAAAUGGAGCAUUGUGAUCUAAAUAAGUGAUGUAUUAUAGUUUAUACCUCCUCUUUAAAGAAAGCGGUAUUGUUUUUCUUUCCAAAAGCUUUACUCAUAAAUACUUAUAAUUAUAUGUAAAUAGUUGAUAGAUUUUUUUAUUAAAUGCAAUUCUUGUUUAAGGAUUCUCUCCUCAAAUGUUUUUUUUUUUUCCUGAAGCCAUGAGUUUGAGUUUGAUGAUUUAGGGUCUGUAGCUGCUUCUGCGUUCGCCAAAUGCGUCUGUAAAUAUGAAAUUUCACAUUUGUUAAGCAAAAAGUGUCAGGAAAUAAACCCUUUAUGCAGCAGAAAAAAAA